UUAGUUGACCUUGCGUGAAGUCUCGUGACCACGUUUGGUUGUUACUGCAGCCAGCAUCUCAUUGUAAGCCAGCGGGAGCGGUUGGCUGGUGUGCAAUGAUGAGUUAGUCGGUGUCAGAAGUAUUGAUCCUGAUUGCGAUCAAUUAUUUUCUAAGUAUAGAUCUAUAGUCUGGGCUUUACGUGGAUUAUUUUUGAUGCCUUAUGAUCAUCGGCUUAUGAUAAACAUCUUGGCAGAAUGGACAGCAGUCGAAAGUACGAUAAUCCCAGUCCCCAAGUUAAGGCCAAUCCUUUCAGCCGAUUAUUUUUUUGGUGGUUGAAGUCGCUCUUUGCGUAUGGCAGAACUCAUGAUUUGGAAGUCAAAGAUUUGUAUAACGCCCUUCCUGAAGACCAUAGCGCACCACUUGGAGAUAUCCUUGAAGAAAAUUGGAAAAAUGAAUUAAAAAAUGCUAAGGAAGAAAAUAGAAAACCAAAACUGCUACAAGCGAUAAAGAAAACUUUUGCAAGGUCAUAUUAUAUUUAUGGUAUAUGGAUACUGAUUUUAUCUGUAUUCAUUAGAGUAGCACAACCGUUUGUGUUGGGACUUUUGAUCGCCCACUUUAAACCUUGCUCGGGUUCUACUUCUGAAGAAGCUUAUAUGUACGCCACUGCAGUCGUGGUCUUGGCUUGGGCAAAUGCUGCGAUUUCACAUCACGUAAAUGUGGGGCAACUACGAGUUGGCAUGAGAGUUCGCAUCGCAUGCAGUUCUCUGGUUUACCGAAAAAUCUUGCGUUUGUCGAGAUGCGCAUCCAAUAAAACUGCCAGUGGACAGGUCGUCAAUCUGCUUUCGAACGAUGUUGCAAGAUUUGAUACGGUUGGCAUGUUUUUACAUUACAUUUGGGUAUUGCCGAUUCAGGGUGCCCUAAUCACCUACCUUGUCUGGCGCAGUGUCCAGGUUGCCUCAUUGGCUGGGAUAUUAUUAAUCACUAUACAAACAGUUCCGUUACAAGGAUAUUUAAGCAGAUGGACGUCAAAGUUAAGGAUGAAAAUUGCCUUAAGAACUGAUACAAGAGUACGAUUGAUGAACGAAAUAGUUAGUGGGGUUCAAGUUAUCAAAAUGUAUGCAUGGGAAAAGCCGUUCGAGAAACUUGUAUCAAUGGCGAGAAGCUAUGAGGUGGAGGUUUUAACUCUGACGUCAUAUCUGAGAGGGUUCUACCUUGCAACAAUGGUUUUCACUGAACGUACAACUCUAUUUUUCACAAUCAUGACAUAUGUACUUAUCGGUAACGAAAUAUCUGCCGACAUAGCAUUUUCACUGGCACAGUACUUCAACAUUCUUCAAUGCACCAUGGCUAUCUUUUACCCUCUGGCUGUCUCAAUGUUAGCUGAAAGUUUGGUAUCAAUCAAACGUCUCCAGACCUUCCUAUCUCUUGAAGAAAACGUUCCUUCCCUUCAGCGGCAUCCAUCUGGCGAUCAGAAAGAUGCUAUCAUAACAAAAAAUGUUACCACUUCGUGGACUGAAAAUUCUAUUGCAAAUACGCUCCACCGCAUAGAUAUUCGUAUUGAAUCAGGAACAUUAUGCGCCAUUGUGGGAUCAGUUGGUUCUGGAAAGAGUUCCUUUCUGCAAUUAAUUCUGGGUGAACUUCCACCAACUCAAGGUCAGAUUUAUGUUAACGGCUCUGUUGCGUAUGCCAGUCAAGAACCAUGGCUUUUCGGUGGCAGUGUUCGUAACAAUAUACUAUUUGGCCAAGAGUAUGAUAAAGAAAAAUACAGAGAAGUUACAAAAGUUUGUGCUCUCCUAAAAGACUUCGAGCAAUUCCCUCAGGGUGAUAAGAGUAUUGUUGGCGAAAAAGGUGCGUCACUGAGCGGCGGACAACGCGCCAGAGUUAAUUUGGCCAGAGCUGUCUACAGAAAUGCAGAUAUAUAUCUCCUGGAUGAUCCGCUUUCUGCAGUUGAUACACACGUGGGUAAACAACUGUUCGACGAAUGCAUAAAUGGCUACCUAAAACAGAAGACGAGAAUUCUAGUAACGCAUCAAAUACAAUAUUUAAAAAAUGCUGACAUGAUUAUUGUCUUAGAUAACGGCAAAGUUGCAAGUCAAGGGUCAUUUGAAGAAUUGCAAAAAAAUAAUACAACAUUUGCGAAUUUGCUGAACGAAGACGAGUCUGAAGAAAAGGUUAAAGCUGUGGUACACCCACCUGCAGAACGAAUGGUAUCCGAAAUUUCAAACCUGAACGAAGAUGAGGAUAUAGAAGAUGAGCCCAAAGAGACUGACGAAUUGAUGGCCAAAGGCGGUGUCUCGAGUAUGCUGUAUUGGCAAUAUUUCAGAGCUGGCGGGUCAACAUUCAUGAUUCUAAUGGUUAUAUUUACAUUGAUUUUGGGUCAACUGGCCAGCAGUGGAACCGACUACUGGCUAUCAUAUUGGACUAAACAAGAAGACCGUCAAUUAAUGGAAAAACCGCCCGAAAAUUGCACAAUCAACAAUUUUCCAAGCAAUGCAACAAUCCCCAUACUUUCAUCUAACGAUUCUGAGUUAAAUUCAUCAAAUACUCCGCUUACAACAUUAGUUAUUCCAAAAGAUCUGACUGCACAAGCAUCUCACUUUGACACAAGUAUGGCAUUAUGGAUUUACGGUGGCUGUAUAACUGGAAGUGUUGUGAUAACAAUACUUCGAAGUUUACUUUUUUUCAAACUAUGCAUGAACGCCAGCAAAGGUUUACACAACACGAUGUUUGCAAACAUUUUGAAAGCCCCCAUGCAUUUCUUUGAUACAAAUCCUUCCGGACGUAUUCUUAAUCGAUUUUCAAAGGAUAUGGGAGCAAUAGACGAAAUUCUUCCCCGAGUGAUGAUAGAAUCUCUACAAGUUUACCUUGUAAUGUCUGGUAUCCUGAUUCAAGUGGUCAUAAUCAAUUGGUGGAUGAUAUUUGCAAUAAUCGUUAUGGGAUUCCUGUACUGGCUAAUCCAACAAAUUUACGUCUCAUCGGCUCGUGAUAUCAAACGACUGGAAGGUGUUACAAAAAGCCCUGUGUUUUCACAUGUGAGUGCUUCCUUGAGUGGAUUAGCGACGAUCCGAUCAUCUGGAGUAGAAGAGAUGUUGCGCCAAGAGUUUGACAUCCAUCAAAACUUGAAUACCGCAGCUUACUAUCUUACCAUUAUAAGUAGCACGGCUUUUGGAUUUUGGCUGGAUAUGGUAUCCCUUGCCUUUGUUUCAUUUGUCACGUACAGCUUCAUUUUCUUAAAUCAUGGUAAUACAUUCGCUGGCGAUGUUGGACUGGCAAUUUCACAAGUACUGAUUUUGUGCGGAAUGCUGCAACAUGGAGUGCGUCAAAUGGCAGAAGUUAUUUCUCAGAUGACAAGCGUCGAGCGUGUUCUACAGUUUACCAAACUCGAGAAGGAGGGACCUUUCGAGAGCGAGCCUGGUCAAAAACCCCCAGCACAAUGGCCGAGUGAAGGUCAAAUUCAAUUCAAUCACACAUAUCUGCGCUAUGUGGAGUCCGAACCUCCAGUUCUCAAGGACCUGAAUGUUGUAAUCAAGCCUGGAAUGAAGGUUGGAAUAGUCGGCCGCACUGGAGCUGGCAAAUCUUCGCUCAUCUCAGCUCUGUUUCGCUUAGCAAAAGUGGAAGGGGAAAUAGUUUUGGACAAUAUAGACACUAAAAAGAUUGGCCUUCACGAUUUGAGAACAAAAAUCUCGAUAAUACCGCAAGUGCCAGUUUUAUUCUCUGCCACAGUGAGAGACAAUCUUGAUCCCUUUCACAAGUUUGAAGAUGCCAAACUUUGGCUUGCCCUAGACCAAGUCGAACUGAAGGAUUCUAUCGCGUCGCUUGAUCACCUUGUCAACGAGGGUGGAACUAAUUUCAGUGCUGGACAACGCCAGCUUGUCUGUCUGGCCCGGGCACUCCUAAGGAACAACAAAGUUCUCGUUCUCGAUGAAGCUACAGCAAAUGUAGACCCGUCUACUGAUGCCUUGAUACAACAUACGAUAAGAACAGAAUUCAAAGAUUGCACUGUGUUGACCAUAGCUCACAGAUUGAACACAAUUAUGGACAGCGACAAGGUCUUAGUAAUGGAUCAUGGACAAAUAGUAGAGUUCGAUCAUCCUCAUUUACUCUUACAAAAUGAAAAUGGAUACUUCUCUAGAAUGCUUGGCGAAAUGGGGAAAAAUAUGGCUGAGGAACUCAAAACCGUCGCUAAAGAGGCCUUCGAAAGCGUUACGCAAGAAAUCGUUCCAGUACAUGGGUCCAAUGGUACUAUCCAGAAGAAGUAAAGGUCAGCCUAUUCGAAAAUAAUAUUCUUGACAAUAGGCCUAAAAACAUUGAGCAGACAUCAUUACAUACCAGUAGAUUGACAACUUCAAACAAAAGCAUUCACAAUGAAUGGUUAUAACCGAGUAUUCUAUUUGUAUUUUUGAACAGUACAAACUUGUAGUUAAUUUUUCCACCUUUUCAAGUCAGUGGAAGAAUUUCAACUUAAAAAAACGUUAAUUUUAUUAUCUUUAUACUUCACAAAAAAACUUUAGAUUAUAGUAGUAUUGACAUAGAUUAGCAUCAACGGAUGUAUUGGAAUCUUACGUGAUAUUUUUUUUCUGGUGCGUCGUGCUUUAGUCAGUUACUCGAAAUAUCCUAGUUAAUAAUCACAAAGUGAUACGAAUAUUCUAGGUAAAGAAAUCUUUACUACGUGAUAUAUUUUCUCUACAUUUUCAUGUCCAAAAAGUCUCCAAUUACUCAGAGUAUUUCAACUGCACACUGAAUCUACAUAUAAUGAUUCCCUAUUCUGCGGCUGUGCUUAAAAUUACCGACUUGAUUCGAGGUAUUUAUCAUAUGUUAUAUACACCUUAUGUGCCUAAAACUGUGGCAAAAGAUUUAGAAUAUUUGUGAUAAAAAGAAUUGCCAGUGAGUAUUUCACCGUUACAACGCAAUGUAAAACGUGAGCACAACGAACAAUUUUUACUCGAAUUAGGUAUUGAGAAAAAAUAUUCAAUUUAUGAAUCUGUAUGAUUUAUAACGUUUAGAGAUACCUAUGACCUUAAGAAAUGAACUUGAUUUCGUAGCAUUUACAUCUUAUUCCAUACUCAGGGAUGCAUGAGCUCCACCAACGAAAUUAAAAAUUUAGAAAACACCGAAGAAGCCGUUUAAAAAAUCUCAAGCAAUGUAGUCUACGCCGAUAAUAGUGAACACGAAUUGAAUAAUGUCUCUACUAUACAGUCGAAAUGAAUCCGAGAAAAUUUGAAUAAUACAAUUGUGAAAUAAGAAUUGGGGAAAAAUUGUUAUAAGUAGAACAUUGAAAAUCAACAAACUCCAGUGUUUUUGUGACGAUUAAAACGGUUUUGGGCUUAUUUUCCUAGCUACUAAACCCUCAAAAGUUUCCUAAAUACAUUCUAGAAAUCUAAUACUAAAAUAUAGUUAUAACGCAUAAAUGUAAUUGAUGAUGAACAUUCGUUGUACCCUACUUUGAAAGAUCUUUUUUUAUAAUCCAUGCUGGAGCUAAUUAUUUGUAUCAUUUUUUCUGGCGACCUUUGGAAAUUUCUACGAUGAGAAAAAUGAGUUAAAAAAUAUUAGAAUCCGUAAAAACACCGAAGUUCAAUCAUUUUGAACCUAUCCGAUUACAUAAACUUUUCUCAAAUUGUUGAUAUAUUAAUUCACUAUCAUUGGUAUCAAUAACGUUACUGAAGAUUUUUCAAAUGGUUUUUUUUUUUCUCUUUUCCUAACAUCGGUCAUUAAUAGUGGACAUUAAAAAAAAGAUUGUGCCAGAAGUGGUUUCAUUCAUCAUGAAAUCAUUCAAAUGAACUCAAAGUAAUGAGUAAAAAAAAAAAACAUAAUUGGCACUGAAAUUUCUACUGCCAAAUAUAAAAUAGAUUAUUUCAAUAUGUUGUACUUAAAAAAACUUUGAUUACGAAUGCCAGAAGUACAAUGUGAUUCCAAGACAAAAGCAUUUGCUCUACAAAACUCAAACACGUUCAAAAUAAGCAACAUUGGUUGGAUGAUAAAUUUCAGCAAUGUUAUUAGUAUAUUUGAAUCUCAUUUUAAUGUUUCAGUAAUAAUACAUCCAAACAGUUGCUCUAAAUUCAAUCACGUUCUUUUUUGAAAUCGUAUUUACGCGAUGCCAUUACCGAACCGUGGUAUAUUUGUACUUAUACAUAUAUGUAUAUUUUCUAACAUACAUACAUAUAUAUAUAUAUAUAUAUAUAUAUAUGUAUACAUACAUACAUACAUACAUACGUAUGUUUAUGUGUAUUGCUGUAUGUCACAAAUAUUGAAAAAAGUAAUUCAGUUUUUAGUUUAUAGUUAAAAUCAAAACGUCGUGCUGGCUGGAAAGCACAUUAUAAUUGUCUUCAUAAGUUAAGUAUAGAUAGACUCGAUUUUCUAUUUCUUGGAGGUAAUUAUUAACAUUCAUGGAAAAUGUAUCUGCCUCUUUGGCUCUCUAUGCUCUUCCUCUCUCUUUGCAAAUUAAUUAUUCAAAAUAUUCGUAUAAUCUACUGCAGAAGCGUCAAGUUUCUAGUUGUUUUUAGUUUUAUACAAAAACUGGCACGUAGAGAAACCCUCCUUAGGCAAUUGAUUUACUUAACGUAAUUUCAUUUAUAUUUUCGAACUAUUUUCGGUGACCACCCAAACGUGAUUUUGAACUCUGCAAUUUCCCAAAUUUUGGAUCGAUUCUAACACUCAGUGAGCAUUCAGUACAGAAGUGUAAAAUGCACGUUAAGCAAAAUACGGAUAUCUUGGGUGAAAUUGUAAAAAAAAUUACAUGAAAUCAGUUUGCCUUUAGAGGAUUAAUAAGUACAUGACAAUGUUUCGUUGAUCAAGAUCACAAUGAAUUAGUCAUAUUAAUUGAGCAUACAUGUCAAGAGCAAAUCAUUGGCAUUUUUUUCUUGAUUUUAAAGUAGCCAGUUACUUAAAGAAAUUAAUCUUGGGUGCCCGAAUUGCGUGAGGAUUUAAUUUUUAUUACCUCACAAGCAUUCGAAACAUUUUUUCCAAACUCUUACAACUUGGGAUUUUUUUUGUGCUUCAUUUCUUUUUCAAAGUCUUGUAUAAAUGUUUAACGUAUGUUAACGAAAUGCUUUCAUCGUUACACAAUGAUACGUGUUACCACCAAUAAUUUAAAUGAAAUGGUGUCACGAGACUUACAAGGAAAGUAUUUUUAUUGAUCAGUGUGGUUUGAGAGCAAAUUUUAUGAAAAAUUGUUUUCCAAAACUACACAACAACUUGUAAACCAAUAUUUUUCAACACUAUUGUACAAAACUUAUUACGCUAUUUUUUCAGAAUUAUAUACACAAAUGUAAACAUUAGAAAUCCAUAACAAAAACCUGGUACUUAAUAGAUUAAGGAUGUCUUACAACCUCAAGAACAAAAUAGUGAUAAGCUGGUUAUAAACUAUAAUCAGAAAUCUGUAUACCUCAUGCAUAUUUGAAAAUGACAAUAUUGAAUGCACAAUGUAAUGUAAUUCAUAGUCUCAAAAAUGUAAUAAACUUGAUUUUGAAAAACUAUA